AUGUUGAUCCCCCGCUGUGCGAUCAGGUCGGGCGUAGAUAAGAAACUGACGGAGUUGGUAUGGAGCGCGAAAUGGCUGCGGGAGGCCGAGCCCGGUGCGGCAUCCAGCCUGGGUAUGGAUCUCUCGCAGCUCAUGGUGCGGGCCGGCACCGCCGCCUUUGAUGUCUUCCGGGCGCAUUAUCGGGAUCGCAUGCACUGGCUGAUUCUCGCCGGGGCGGGAAACAACGGGGGGGACGGCUACGUCGUCGCGCAGGCCGCGGCGUCAAUGGGCGCGAAGGUGACGGUGUGGGUGAUGCCGCACCUCAAGCCGCUCCCGGUAGAGGCAAACAACGCGCUAAAGACUUGGCUGGCCUCUGGGGGCGCGGUGGGUGAGGUUCCCGCCGACCUUGAGGUACCCGAGGAUGUCGACCUCAUCGUGGAUGGCCUACUGGGCACCGGCAUUUCAGGGCCAGUUCGGGGUCUUUACGCGAAAUUGAUUGAUCAAGUGAAUGCGUUGCCCGUGGCGCGGGUCGCGAUCGAUGUGCCAUCCGGCCUGGACGCCGAAACUGGUGAGGUUUCCGGCCCCUGCUUCAGCGCUCAUCACACGGUAACAUUUAUCUGCCUGAAGCCAGGCCUUCUGACCGGUCGAGCACGGGAUUAUGUCGGUCAGCUGCACUACGACCCGCUCGGGCUCGGGGCGUGGCUAAACGACCCGGAGCGGCGCCGUUCGGCUUUCGGCCUCCGUCUUUCAGCAGAUAGCCUACCACGAUACUUUGGUGCGCCGCGAUCGCAUUCGUCGCACAAGGGUUGUCAUGGGAAGGUGGUUUUGGUCGGCGGUGAGAGCGGUUUUGGUGGCGCGGCGGUGAUGGCGGCAGAGAGCUCCCUCUGCGUGGGGGCCGGUCUUGUGCGGGCCCUCCUCGCGAAGGAGCAUGUAGGCGCUCUCCUGGUGCGAUGCCCAGAGGCGAUGUGCGUGGGCCUGGACACCACCGCCGCGGCGGGCGUGAUCGAGGCCAGAGUGGGUGAGGCCUUGGACUGGGCCGACGCCGUGGCGGUGGGCCCCGGGCUUGGGCAGGGGAACUUUGGCCGGGCCGCCCUCGCCGCGGUGCUUCGACAUGCCGCCGAGCAUCCCACAAAGCUGGUAGUGCUGGAUGCGGAUGCGCUCAACCUCUUGCCCGCGUACCUCUCCGAGCAGGGCUCGCCACUGCGUCUGCCUCACAGCAUUAUCACGCCACAUGUGGGCGAGGCCGCGCGUCUGUUGGGCUGUGCCGUGGCUGACGUCGAGCGGGACCGCUUUGAUGCCGCACGUCGGCUCGCAAAUUUACUUGGCGGUGUGUGUGUCCUGAAGGGCCCUGGCAGCGUCAUCUACGAUCACUGUGGGGGUGAGGCGGCCAGCGAGGACGCUCACGGGUCCGAAGCCCCCUUUUCCCCACAGUGUUGUGCUAUCAUCGAUGCCGGUAACGCUGGUAUGGCGACGGGUGGCAUGGGGGACGUCCUCACUGGCGUCCUGGCUGGCGUGGCGGCCCAGAUGCUUCCAAGGGGAGACUCCAAGAUCUUUGAUGUGGCCUGUGCAGGUGCGCUGGCGCACAGCGUUUCAGCCGAUUUAGCGGUUCUGGGGCGUGGGUCGCGGGGGUUGCGAGCGACAGAGCUACUACCGCACUUGCAGGAGUGUGUUAAUGCCUCGUGA